UGAUGUAUAAUUCGUGACUAUUUUAUUUACAUAAUAUAAUUGUUUAUCACAGCUGAUCAAAUUGUGAUAAAAUAAUCAAGAAAUAGUAAAAAUGGCACAUAAAUUGCCAACUGGGCUUCGUACCCAUGCCCAAAGAGUUUGUAGUCUUUAUAAACGAGCAUGUAGAAAUAUUGAAGCAUUUGAAACUGAUUUUCUUGAGUACAGAUAUGAAGCAGUUCUACUUAGACAUGAGUUUGAUAAAAAUAAAGACAUCAAAGAUCUCAGAGUUGCAAAAAAAUUAUUGCUUGAAGGUGAAGCAGAAUUAAUGAAAUGGAGACAUCCUCAACCAUUGUGUUUCGUGGAUUCUCCAGGCGGUGCAGCUUUUCAGAGAUACACUCCUCCUCCAGACUGGGUAGUUGACUAUUGGCAUCCUACUGAAAAAGCUAUGUAUCCAAAAUAUUUUGCUACGAGAGAAAAACGUAAGAGAGAAUAUAUCAAAUUUUAUAAUAAGCAGUAUCCUAAUGCACAGAAACAUUUCACCGAAGAUGAUUAAUAAGUUAAGAGCUAAAUUAUAGAAUUAAUUCAUAAUCUUA